UGUGUUUUUUUGGUCGCCCUCUUAUUUUCCGAGUAAAUGUGGAGACUGUUGUCCCUACUCUCCAGAUUAGGAAACUGAAGCUGGGUCACCGGGAGAGAGAAGGGUGGGCUUCGUCGAUCACGUGGCCAGGCGAGUCGCCGAGGGAGUCACCGAGGGGCAAGGGCGCCCAGAUGGGGCCGAAUAGGGGAAAACCUCUGCUCAGGGGCAGGUGCGGGAACCAGGCACAGAGAGCCGGAGGCGCAGUGUCGGGGAACCUCUGCCCAGCCGACUGGGACGCGACCGGCCGCAGGCAGAAGGAACCUGAGGAUGGGGAGGAGGGGGCUGCGGUGGGAGAGUUGCUCCUGGGUCCGCGCGGCCGAGAAGCCAGGUGGCGGGUGCCACGCACAAUUUUCGGUUGGCCAGCUCCGCUCCAGAUUCCCCUACCAGAAGGUCCCCGAGAUGAAGCGGGAUCCAGGCGAGGGAGGAUAGAGCCGAGCCUAGAGAAUCGAUUGGCGUUUCUGUCCUUCGUCCCGUUACUAACGCCUUCCUGAAGGAUAGGUUGGACCGGCUCCUGGAUCCAAACUCUUGGAGGGCCAGGAGACAAAAUGUCAUCAUAUUUUUUGCCGAUACCACUGACUCCUGAAGAUAAAGGAAAAGAAGGCUCAGUCAAAAAGGAAAGGCCAUAUAAGGUCUUUUUCAAAGAUCUCUUUCUUUUCAAAGAAAAUGAAGUGGCAGCAAAGAAAAAGGAAAAAUUUAUAAACCGCAGCAUGAGAGUCUACCAAAAGUCUACUUUUUCAUCUCGAAUGAAGAGUCGUUCACACCUGGGCCAAAGAGCAUUCUACUCUGACACACCUGGUGACUCAUUUGAAAAAUUUGGGCUAGAUCCCACUCUUAUUCUCAGAUUAACAGAAGGUGCAGACGCAAAAGGGACCAUUCAUGAAUUUAUUAAUGACCAGAGAGACAGGUUUCUGCUGGAGUAUGCUCUCUCAACCAAAAGAAAUACAAUUAAAAAGUUUGAAAAACUCAUAGCAGUGAAGGAACAGCAAGUCAUAAAAGCAGAAAAAAAGCUCCAAGAAGACGCCAUGGCCUUUGAAGAGUUCCUUCGAGAAAAUGACCAGAGAUCUGUAGACGCCCUUAAAAUUGCAGCACAGGAAACUAUAAACAAACUCCAAAUGACAGCAGAGCUAAAGAAAGCAAAUAUGGAGGUACAGGCAGUGAAAAGUGAGAUAGCAAAAACAGAAUUCCUCCUUAGAGAAUACACGAAAUAUGGAUUUUUUCUGCUGAAAUUGUCUCCAAAACACUGGCAAAUCCAGCAGGCGCUGAAAAAGGCACAGAUGACAAAAAGUAGAGAAAGUAUGAAUGUCACUCUUCCGGUAUUAACAAAAUUAAAUACAAAGAAAAAUGAGGGCAGUAUUGAGGAUUCCAGGAAGACAUCUUUUUCAGACGACAAUUCUAUGGGAAGAGGAAAACCCCGCAGGAAGACCUCCUUCACCCUAGAGAAUAAGAAAUCAUCCUUAUCAAAUCUCACUGAAAGUAUCAGUUCAGAAGAUAGUUUGGAAUUCUUUUUAGAUGAUGAUAUGGACUAUGAUCUGGAGCCAGAACUUUAUUUCAAAGAACCAGAAGAGUUACUUCAAGUCCUCACAGAGCUGGAAGAGCAGAAUCUAACUUUGGUACAAUAUUCCCAAGAUAUAGAUGAAAGUCUUGAAGAUAUAAAUAAAAGAGAAAAACUUAUACAGGAUAAAAUAAACAGCAACAUAGCAUUUCUUUUGGAGCACAAGGAAAUGCUCAAGGCUAACUGUGUGAGAGAAGAGGAAAAAGCUGCAGACCUGGAAUUAAGGUCCAGGCUAUUUAGUUUUGGAGAAUUUAAAUCAGAUGCUCAGGAAAAACUGAUAGAAUCUCUUAGUAAAAAAAUUAAUCAAGUAUACAAGGUCUGCAUUGGAGAUGCUGAUGUUGGCAGUCUCAACCCAGUUCAAAAGCUGGUAAAAGUAGAGUCUCGCCUGGUGGAAUUGAGUGAUCUCAUUGAAUCCAUUCCCAAAGAAAAUGUGGAGACAAUUGAGAGGAUAAAACAGAAAGAACGGCGGCAAAAGUUACGUGAAGAUAAAAUGAAAGAAAAACAAAGACACCAAGAGGAAAGGCUAAAAGCUGCUCUGGAAAGGGCAGUGGCACAACCAAAGAAAAAGCUGGGAAGAAGACUUACCUAUCGUUCAAAACCUCCAUCUGAGAACAAACAUGAACUACUUUUGGUCAAGGAUACAAGAACAAAAUCACUAGAGGAAGAAUAUUUUUUCACUUGA